CAGCCCCAGGAGAGCCAGGAGAAUGCUGCCCCGAGAGCUCCUGCCCCUGCUCACGCUGCUCUGUGCUUUCAGAGUUUCUGGCUCUGUGGUGGAUGAAGACGAUGACUACGAGCUCAUGUACGUGAACCUGGAUAAUGAAAUCGAAGGUCCAGCUCCUGCGGCUGAGGAAGCUGCUUCGUGCGACUGCCAGCGGGAGCACAGCAAGUGGGACAAGCUGUUCAUCAUGCUGGAGAACUCGCAGAUGAAGGAGAACAUGAUGCUGCAGGCUCUGGAUGAGCUGCCCAGGCUGGAGCUGCAGACCCUGAGGGCAGAGCUGAGCCAGCUGGCCACCACCCUGGCGGGCACUGUCACCACCGUCACCUCGCGCGUGGUGUCCCAGGUGGAGCAGGCGCUGCUGAGGAGCAGGGACCAGGCUGAGCAGGCCCGGAGGCUGCAGGAGUCGGAGCAAGGGAAGGUUCUGGAGCACGUCCUGCAGCUGAGCCACAACGUGUCGGCGAGGCUGGGCUGGCUGGAGAGCGCCUGGCGCGGCAGGGCCGAGGAGCAGGCACAGCAAACAGCCCUGCAGCAGGACAGACAGCAUGGCAGCCGAGGGGACAGCCCCAUCCUGAGCUCCCUGUGGAAGGAGCUGCAGCAGACCCGGGCUGAGCUGAGGGCGUCACAGCAAUGGGCAGCUCAGCACCUGCUGCCUGCAGGCUGUGAAACCGCAAUUCUGUUCCCCAUGCGCUCCAGGAAGAUCUUUGGCAGCGUGCACCCGACCUCUGCAAUGACCCUGAGCUCCUUCACCGCCUGCAUCUGGCUCAAGGUGACCGAGGCCUUGGACAAAACCAUCGUGUUCUCCUACGGAACCAGGUUCAACCCCUACGAGAUCCAGCUGUACCUGAGCCGCGCCUCGGCCGUGCUGGCCGUGGGCAGCGCCCAGCACAAGCUGGCUGCCACCAACGUGGUGGUUCCUGGCAAGUGGCUGCACCUGUGCGGCUCCUGGAGCUCGGAGAACGGAUCUGCAUCGCUGUGGGCACAGGGGGAGCUGGCAGCCAGCGCCUGGCACGUGGCUGGGGCUCACACCAUCCCCGACGGGGGCAUCCUGCAGCUGGGCCAGGAGAAGAACGGCUGCUGCGUGGGAGGAGGGUUUGAUGAAGCCCUGGCUUUCUCGGGGAAGCUGACUGGCUUUAACCUGUGGGACAGAGUGCUCAGCCCCGCCGAGGUGACAGCCCAGAGCACGGGGGACACCUGUGGCACCCGGGGCAACGUGGUGGGCUGGGGGGUGACCGAGGUGCUGCCCUACGGAGGGGCCCAGUACGUGUCCUAAAGCCGGGGCUGCACAGGGAUGGAUUGCACAGAGCUGAACUCAACACUGCAACAGCCAGAGCUGCAGCAGCCCCUGCCUCUGGAAUCCCCAAGGAGCAGCAGCCCUGCAAGCUCACAGAAGGAGGCACUGUGGAGAUGGGAUGGAUCUCGGCCUGCUGUCCUGGAGAAACCCUGAAAACACAGCCACACACCAAGGGGUGCCACUGGAAAGGUGCCCCUGGGCUCAGGCAGCUCUGUCUCCCCAGUGCAGGGUUUCUGAUGUAUAAAGUGAGGGUCACCAUGGACAUUCAGGAGCCAAAUGGAGCUCCCAACAUCCCUGCUGAGGAAAAUCUGACUUGGCUCUGCAAAACACAGCAGCUGUGGCUGCCCCUGCAUCCCUGGCAGUGCCCAAGGCCGGGUUGGACAGGGCUUGGA